AUGAACAAAAUAGUCAAGAAGCUAUUGAAACGGCAGCUUGACAAGGCUAAAGGAGCCUGGCCGAAGAAGCUUCCAGAGGGAUUAUGGGCCAUUAGGACAUCCUACCGAACGGCAACCGGGGAAACACUGUUCUCCAUGGCCUUUGGCUCGAAAGCGGUAGUCCUAGUGGAAAUUGGAGAACCCUCCUACCGAACGAAAACUUUCGCCCCAAAGGCGAAUGAGGAGGCAUUUGCCUUAAGCCUCGACCUGAUCGAAGAACGCCGAGCGCAAGCCAACCUUCGGAACGAAGCUUACAAACAGCAUGUCUCUCGGUACUACGACUCUAGGGUCAGAUCCCGCUCGUUCUGA